GAAGAAGUGCUCUCUAUGGCACCCAGAGGUUUGGUGAUCUCUAUGGCAUCGGGAGCCGCGUCCUCGCAGGGGGUGGAUGGGGGCUGCCGGAGCCCCCCCGCUCCCGGGUCUCAUCGGGCUACCUGAGUGUGGGGUCGCGUGAAGAUGCCCCUGGGCGAGUACACUUUCGUGCGGGUUGUGGGGAAGGGCAGCUACGGGGAAGUGAGCCUGGUGCGGCACCGGCAUGACGGCAAACAGUAUGUUAUCAAAAGGCUGAACCUUAAACAUGCCUCAAGCCGCGAGAGAAAAGCAGCAGAGCAGGAAGCCCAGCUAUUGUCACAGCUGAAGCAUCCAAACAUAAUCACCUAUAGAGAGUCCUGGGAAGGAGAUGAUGGCUUGCUGUACAUUGUCAUGGGCUUCUGUGAAGGAGGUGACUUAUAUCAUAAACUGAAAGAGCGAAAAGGACAACUUCUUCCUGAGUCUCAAGUGGUGGAGUGGCUUGUUCAGAUUGCCAUGGCACUGCAGUAUUUGCAUGAGAAGCACAUUCUGCAUAGAGAUCUCAAAACUCAAAAUGUUUUCCUGACCCGUUCUAAUAUUAUCAAAGUGGGAGAUCUGGGAAUCGCCAGAGUGCUGGAUAAUCAGCAUGAUAUGGCUAGUACUCUCAUUGGCACUCCUUACUAUAUGAGCCCUGAGUUGUUCUCUAACAAGCCUUACAAUUACAAGUCUGAUGUUUGGGCCUUGGGUUGCUGUGCAUAUGAAAUGGCCACCUUGAAGCAUGCUUUUAAUGCUAAAGACAUGAAUUCCUUGGUUUACCGAAUUAUUGAAGGAAAGCUGCCACCAAUGCCAAAAGAUUAUAGCACUCAGUUGAAAGAACUGAUAAGAACAAUGCUUAGUAAAAAGCCAGAGGAGAGACCCAGUGUCAGGAGCAUAUUGAGGCAACCGUAUAUCAAGCAGCAAAUCUCUCUGUUUUUGGAAGCUACAAAGGCAAAAACAUCUAAAAAUCAUAAGAAAGUGUCUGAAAGCAAACCUCGGGGAUCUUCAGAGAAAACUGAAUUAAAGAAAGAAAGUACAGAAUCUCAGAAGCUGCCAAAUGAACUUUCAAAGAAGUCCAAUGGGAAUGAAGAUAAAUGUUUAAUCAAUAAUAAAACAUUUGAUGUUUCUUCUUCAAAGAAACUAGCAUCUGAACCUGAAAAAAACAGCAAAAAUGGUUUGAAUAGCUUAGAUGUCUCUUUGACAACAAUGAGCAAAGUUAAUAUACUUAUUGUUCCACUGGAAAAAAGAAACUCUGCAAACAAACAGUUAGCAGAACAUAAAGAAUCUGAAAAUAUACAUAUUCCCAAUGAAGCAGAGCCUGAAAAAGCAAAAAAUAGCCCAGAAUUAAAGGAAGAAAGUUUACUGAAAGUGACAAAGACUUGCCCAAAAACUGGAGAUGUAGAUGCUAAGGAGACAGAUAAUGGUGAUGACACUACAAACCUUCUGCAACCCACUUCAAAGAUUCCAUGUGUAAGCAAUAAAAGUCUGGACUGUACUGAGAAACUGCUAGUACCGAUUGAUCCUAGAGAAAUUUUGAAUGAAGCCUCCUGUGAAAACUCAGGAGAAGCUAAAGAUCCCAUUCUGCCUAUAAGCACUCCUUGUUUUCGACCUCACGGUUCGGUUCAAGAGCCUUCCUUGUCACGACAGCGACGCCAUAAGAAGCAGGAGCAGUCUGAGAUCUGCUUAGACAAGAUUGCAGCACUUGGCCCUCGACAACUGCCCGCUUUUCCUGAUGUAAAGAUGAAAGGAGGUAACAUAGACCAUCAGCGUGCUGCAAAUGUUCUGAAAAAGUCAAAAAGCUUUGAAGUAGAACAUUCCAAGGAUCGGCCAUUAUCAGCCCGAGAAAGGAGAAGAUUAAAGCAAUCCCAAGAGGACAUGCUUUCUUCUGGGCCUUCUAUAAGACAAAUGUCUUAUGAUGCAUCAACAGAAACAAAACUUCCAAAGGAAGAUAGUUUUAUUCAGAUUGCUCAGUUUACUUCAGAAUCCAGCACUGAUAAGAAGAAAAGCUUAACUGGUUGUUGCACUGAGGAUGAACUGAGCUCUUCUACAAGCUCUACAGAAAAAUCAGAUGGAGAUUAUAAAGAAAAAAAAAGUAAUGAAAUGAAUGACUUGCUACAGUUGAUGACGCAAACACUAAAAAUGGAUAAUAUUGAAAAUUAUUCACAAUUUGCAAUGCCAACACCUGAGUCACAGUUCAGGCUAAAUAGAAAAUAUAGGGAUACACUGAUCUUACAUGGGAAAGCAGCUGAAGAACCUGAUGAAUUUCAGUUUCAAGAGCUUCCUUCAGAUGUCAAGUCUGGUCCUCAGAAUAUUAGAAGAUUGGUUGAGAUUUUAAGAGCAGAUGUAGUUCAAGGAAUUGGAGUAAAGCUGCUAGAAAAAGUUUAUGAUGCAAUGGAGGAAGAGGAUGAACAGAAAAAAGAGCUAUGUUUGCGGAAGCUCAUGGGAGAAAAGUACACGUCUUAUAGUAUGAAGGCUCGUCAUUUAAAGUUCUUAGAAGACAAUGUGAAACUUUGACAAAUACCUCAGUUGAACUGUUUCUUCCUGAAAGAAAGACACUCAGUUUGUAACUGGAUUGAUUUUUAAAAUUUUCUUAAGAUUCAUUCAUUUAGAAGAUAAACCUUUUCCCAUACUGUUUCUUGUUAUCUAUUGUAGAUUGUGUAUUUAGUUUAGAAGGAGCAAUACAUGCUUAAAGGUAAGUUUGGAUAAGUGUGAAUUUUUUUAAAUACUAGCAACAAGCAGCACUUUCUAAUGAUUCUGUCUUUUUAAAAUAUUAAAUUAUUUUUGUUUCAAUGUCAAUCAUCAUUUAAAAUUGGUAAACCUGUAUAUACUGGUAGUCAAAUAUGUACGUUGUUAGAAUUUGGUAUUUUAGACAAUCUCUGAUUUCAGCCCAAGAAUAAAUUUUCAGUAAAGUAGAAUAAUUUUCAAUUAAUGUUAUGGUAUAAUGAAAAAAAAAAAACCUAACAAAUUCUAUUCAGGAAAAGAACAUAGAUGUGAUGCACCAAUUAGAGACAGGAAAAGAGUAAGACUAUGUGAAGUCCUUAAUGCUUUCUUAGCUUAAUUGUUUGCUUGCAGGUGCUUCAUUAUCCAAUUAGGUAACAUCAUCAAUGCUGUUGGGCAUGUGGUAUGCUCUGUUUAUACACAGUAGCUUGGUCUUGCCAGUGUUGGUGGGUAACACUCAUUGUUAAUUCCUUCAUUAGGAUAUUGUUUUCUGCUUGUUUGUCUGGUGUUAAUCACUGCUUGUCUGGGUAUUGGUUGUUGGAGAUGUAUUGAGGUCUUCUUGUUUUCUUCAAACAAGUUUCAAGGACACCAUUAUUCAACCAUGAACUGCAUAUAUUCUCUUCAGUUGGAAUAUAUAUGUUUAUAUCUUUAUCAACAUAUCUGAGAACCAGUAUUUUUAAAACAAUGGUGUACUAAUCUAUUUGUCCAAUAUUCACAUAUAAUAUUGGAUACAUAAUUAGUAUGACUAUUUUUUUAAAAAAAGUAAAAAAAUCCUAUAGGGCUUUUUACAAAUUUUACCCUUCUAACAAAUACAUAUUUUAUAUGAGAAAUCAUUCUCAUUAUUUUUGAAAAAGAGGAUGGGAAAACAACAUAAAUUGAGCGUCUAGAGCAGGGGUGUCAAACUCGCAGCAUCACGACGGCGUCAAGUGACAUAUCAGGAUUUUCCCCCAUCGCUAAACUGGGUGGGGUGGGGCCAGUACGUGACGCAUCUGACCUGCGGACCAUGAGUUUGACACCCUUGUUUGCUUGAAACACAAUGCUUACUAUUUUAAUAAACUUUGGGUUGUGAUGGGAUGUGUUUAAUUAAAUCAAUUGAGAUAUUAAGCUUCACAGGAAUCAAGUAAAUAUUUAUUACAAAAGACUUUGAAGUGAUGAAUAUUAGAAAUUUCUUCUACUAAAUUUUGUCUUGCUUGAUUUUUAGUUUUAUGAGACCAAAUGGCAAAAGCUCUCUGACUUAUAAAAUUUAUUUAUAUUGCACUGGAAAGCUCAGCAUCAAGCAAAAAUAAUAGAAUAUCUCUAGAAUUUGAUUAUACAGUCAAGAAAUUCAAACCUAGUCAAUCCUAGGCAACUCUAACUCUUAUGGGACACCACACCCUCUAAAACCCAUUAACAAAUAUAUAAUGGAUUAAAUCAAGUAAAAUUAAAUAAUAUGUAAAAUAAAUGAUCACUGAGGCCAGUUCAAAAGCCACAAGUGGAAGCAUUGUUUCACCAAAUGGGAACAGUUUUAAGGUUACGUGGGACUAUGUCUUGAGUGUAGAGGGAAUAACCAAGGAAUCUGAAUCAGUACAUGUAACAGUGAAAAUAGUAGAAAGCAGAAACACUAUACUGCCCAAAGGGCUAAAAAUAUUUCAUAUAACACCUGGCCUUAAUUACAGCUAAUGCAGGGCUCCAAGAAGACAAGGAACCCGUCAACAAACGAGUAGAAA